GGAAAGCUAAACGUAACUUACGAAAGUCAUACCUAAAGAAAGAAACAACAAAACUACCUUACGUUAGAGUUAGACAAAUCAAUUAAACCGUUCCCUCAUUCUUCUUUUUCUUUCCCUUACCUCACUCACUCUUUCUCUCUUCAAAACAAAUCUUCUCCCUUCUCUUUUCAUUCAAUUUUCACCAUGGAAGUUUUCCAAAACAAAAUCGUCUCCUCCGAUCAAAACUCCAAUGAAAUCCUCCGUGAAUUCCCUCGCCUCUUCUGUCAGUACAAAGACGGCCGCGUCGAACGCUUCCUCGGCACCGAAACCACCCCAACCGGCACUGAUCCAUUAACCGGCGUUAUAUCCAAAGACAUCACCAUCAACCCUAACACCGGCAUCGGAGCUCGUCUCUAUCUCCCACCAAACGCCACUCCUUCUACAAAAUUACCUCUCCUCAUCUACAUCCACGGUGGUGCUUUCUGUAUUUGCACUCCCUAUAACCCUGGCUACCACCGUCACCUCAACAACAUCGUUGCCCAUGCAAACGUUGUUGUUUUCUCCGUCCAUUAUCGUCUAGCUCCAGAACAUCCUCUUCCCAUUGCUUAUGAUGAUACAUGGGAAGCUAUUCAAUGGGUUUCAAAAGCUUCUGAGCCAUGGAUCAAAGACCAUGUUGAUCAAGACAUUGUUUUCUUCGCCGGUGACAGUGCUGGUGCAAACCUAGCACAUAACAUGGCUAUGAGAGGUGCAUCGGAAGGUUUUGGUGGUUUGAAGCUUCAAGGAAUGGUGUUGAUUCAUCCAUACUUUGGAAACGAUGAGAAAGACGAGCUUGUUGAGUUUCUGUACCCUACUUAUGGUGGAUUUGAUGACGUGAAGAUCCAUGCAGCUAAGGAUCCAAAGCUUUCAGGUUUAGGAUGUGGGAAAGUGCUUGUUUUUGUGGCGGAGAAGGAUUUUCUGAGGGAAAGAGGAAGAAACUAUUAUGAAGCAGUGAAGAAAAGUGGGUGGAAUGGGGUGGUGGAGAUGGUGGAAGCAGAAGAUGAAGGACAUGUGUUUCAUUUGUUUGACCCUACCAAGGAAAAAUCUGUGGAUCUUGUUAAAAGGUUCGGAUCUUUUAUGAUACAGGUUGAGAAAGACGUUCGUUCUUCUUCGUCAUUGUGACUCUGCUGUGAGAGUGACUUUAAUACUAAAAUCGAGUGUUGGAGUGUUUUUGGGACUAUGGGACCUUGAAUAAUUUAGUACUACCAGAUGGAGUAAUUUGUUUAGUUUUUAAUUUUGAUCACUUUUGGUUUGUAACUUGUGUUGAAUUCUCGAUGUCCAUAUGUACAUUUAUAAUGAAUGUAUUUUUGUUUUUUCCUUUAAUUUAUCUAUUGUUAUUGCGUGUGA